AUGACGACGAAGUCAACUUCAUCCGUCUUUGUCGCGCCCGUCUUGGAGACGCCGGCGAGAGAAGAAGAUGAGAAAGAAUACGAAGAAGAAUAUGAAGAAGAAUCAGACUAUGAACAAGACGAGAAGAUUGACCCUUCCUUGCGUUCGCAGUGUUUGCCGUUAGAUGCGAUACUUCCUGACUUCGAAACGGAGGAACCGGUGGAUGGAUUUGAGUAUUUACGAAGGGUGCGAUACGAGGCGGCGACAAUUCCACACGUCGUCGUCUCCGACGUAAAUCCCCGCGAUUACGACAACAAAAGAACGCCAAAAAUAUUAGAGAAACAUGGAUUUGUAUCAACGAGCGCGAAAGCGCUGGGUAGAGAGAAAACCAUGCGCAUUCUCGAGCACGCGAGAGCGAACGCGGAGUGGACGAAACAGUUUUUAGAGUCGUUUUCUAAUUUACGCGUCUCGAUGCGACGCGCUUUAGACGACAUAGAGGAAAAGAUGAAGGCAGGCGCGAAGAACAUUAAUAGAAAAUACAUAGCACCUGAGAAACUCGAAGCUGUGCCAAUGAUGAGCGAUGUUGUGGCGUUGGAUGACGUGACUGUGAGCUCGUUGUUUCGGAAAUAUUGUUACUCGUUUACCGAGAAGGAAGAUGAAAGUGAAAAAGAAAAGUUGAAGCACGCGUGGUUUUUCGCUCUCGCCGUUCGCGUAAGCAUGCCACUCGAUAGUGAAACGCAAGCGGCAGUGAGACGAGUCUCGAGAGUGUUUGCCAAACAACUUUCGUCGUCGUUUAAAGAAAAGGAGGAAGAGGAGGACGAAGAAGAAGAAGAAGAGGAAAAUGCUGGUCGCAACGCCGCGUUGAACAUUGGGUUGAGCAUCGCAUGGAAAUACUUCAAUCAACCACCAUUCGACGACAACGAAGAGGAAGAAGAGGAAGAGGAAGAUGAGGAAAUAGAUUACGUACAUAGAAAAUUAGAGCGCAUAUUGUAA